UAUUCUCGACCGUUCUAUAACCCCCAGCACCGGCUCGCGUCACAUACAAUUCAGCAGUCGCGCGACGCGGCUAUUGACUGUAGCCUCAACUUUCUUAUUCAAGCAUCGAUCACGGCAACCCCUCAGUGCGGUAGACUCGGCAGUAUCCUUAACAAAUGGCCUGCAAGCCGAACCGUAACAUCACCGACUUCUUCAAGCCUUUCGCGCAGCCAAAGGUCAAACGCAUUGUCGCCAGCGAAGGGAGGAGCGCGUCAGAGCCUCAAAACGCGCCUGCCGCAACCACUAAGGUGCAACAGCAACAUCGACGAACUGCAGGGGCCCGAUUCCCCAUGCCGUCCAACAGAUCUGCCUCUUCGAAGCUCCGCGACAUUCAGGUCACCCCGUCCAGGGAGACGACUAUCGACCGCCCAAUUCCUACGCCAAUACCUUCGAGUCCGCCCGUCUACCAUGCGCCCACUCGUGUACCGCGAGAGCUGAGUCCGCUCACGUCGCCCGAGUUUAGCCCUAGCCCUCCUUCACCUCCGCCGACUAUACCCAAGAAGCUGGACAUCGCUCCACUGCCGACCAUGAACCCUUCCGUGUCUUGUUCAUCUCUGUCAAGCCUUCCAAUCAGCUCACAAUCUUCAAGUAAACGCAUCAUUCGGGACGGCAUGCUAGCCGUGACAAACUCUGAUUCUGACAGUAAUGAUACUGAUUCGGAGUCUUUGGAUGACAUCGACGAGCUCAUUCGACGAAAGCGUCUGAAGAUGACUCCCCCUACCACCUCCUCGGAAACUUCUCGCCGUCCUGCUAGCGCUGCCCGUGAGUUGAGAAGCUCAACUCGUCGUGAUCGCCCCUCGAUACCAAAGUCAAACUUAGUACACCCUCCUCGAAAGAAGUACAAAUUCAGUAUGGCCUCUCUGGUCGCAUCCCACAACAAGGACAGCGAGUCUAUUCAGAGGAUCCAAGAAUAUGAAGAAGAAUACAAGCAAGAGAUUGAUCUGACAGCACGUCUUGAAAACCAGCUCAAGCAGGCUUCUGACAUGAACGCUGAAGAGUUCGCCGCCCGUCUGCAGGCAGAUGAUGAUGACGACGAUGAGACCAGAGAUCGUGUCGUACGAGCAAUCGAGCGCAACGAUGUUCUGGAGAAGAGAGUAGAAUAUCCUUUCUUUAGACAUGCCGACUCUAGGACACACAUGUCCAAGCCAUUCCCAGAGCUGGCUCUCUCUACACAAGACUGGAAAGCGUCUUUGCGAGAUCAGGGCGCUAGGGAAGAAUUGUUAAGAUGUGGGUUCGUAGCCGAUAUGGCUCGUGUGUCUGCUCUGCCCGACGAAUUGAUCCAGUGGAUGUCGUCGGAGCUACUCCGAGACCCCGAAAGCAGCCUGGCUAAUGCCUAUGUGGAUGUCUUGGAGAGCUCGUUUUCCAGUAAUGCCUUCACCACCAACCACUUACGCACACAAUUCCUUCUACAAGUGGGUAGAGAGGAUCUUGAACCGGAUCUCUUCGUUGACUUGGAGUCAAUGCCUCCUCCUGCUCAUCAAAGACCGUAUGCAGAUACGAUGCCUUUCAACACAGACUGGACAUGCUUGUUACUGACCAGACUUGCCAACAAACUGCAUGUCACUGAAAGAAGGAGCUGGCUGACUUCAUUGAUGCUCUUGCUUGUAGAUCCACAAGUCGAAGAGAGACUAAAUACACAGCAAAAUCUCCAGGACUGCAUAGGUUAUCUGCUUGGAGCUGAUUCAGUGCCUUCCGUUUUAGCCACAACAAUUGAAUAUGUUGGACAGAGUCUUCGUGCUCACAUCCCAAAUCCGAUCCUGAUCCAACGUCUGAUUGGAUUGCUUCCUUCCACAACGAGUGCAUCACACACUUUCAAGCGAAGACUGGGAUUGGCGUCAUUCAUGAAGUCCAACGCUUAUCUCACCAACAGCCUCCAUGACACUUCAACCAUGCAUGUGUUGACGCUAUAUCUUCACGAAAACAGGGCAUUCAAGCUUAGCGACAGCACCGACUUCCACAAGUUGGGCGCUCGAUUUGACAUACUCGACGUAGCUAUAGGAAUGGGACUGUCAGACUUCGGAUUCCAAGCGACGGGCAAAGCCGACAGUCCAGUAAACACAGAGGCAACGGCAGCUAGACUGCCGACUUCGGAGGAAGAGAGCAAGUUCAAUUCAGCUAUAGACGAAGUGGUGGCAGAGUUGCGAUCGAUAGCUUUCAACAUCCGAGACUCUGGAGCGGCGCAUAUGCGAAGGACCGAGUGCAAGACGGCGAUUGAAAAGUUGACUUACAGACUCGAAUUCGCAUCAAGGACAAGACCAAAGCCCAAGAAGGGAAUAUUCGGAGCGGCGGAGGGUGCCAGCGAUGUGAUUAGAAAUUUCGUUGCGAGAGGUGAGCAGGACAUGAGCACAGGCAAUGAGUUAAGCAGCAGUAGUGAUGGUGUAUAGAGUGAGGAAGCCGCACAAGUAGAUGUAAUGAGGUAUAUUGCGCACAAGACAAAAAGCAAAGGAAAGCGAUAUCUACAGAUUGCGCUGGCUCCGGAUACCUAAGUAUGCAAAAGGACGUUUGGAGGGAUAUCAAAGGAAGACUCGGGGGAUGGCAUCUAGUCCUUGAAUCUUCUGUUCUUGUUCUCGCCGAAGAGAGUAGCUCGCACACUGGGGAGGGCCUCUGACUGGAGCAGGCGGAGACGCUCCUCGAAGGUGUUGUUGAUGUCAAUUCUGCCGGUUGAGUUGACGAUGGUGACACCACCAGAUCUGGGAGCAGUUGGCAAUUAGUCAAUGGACAGCGGGGACAGAGGGGUACAAGGACAUACGUCUCCUCGGGCAGCUUGUCCUUUUCGUCAAUCUUGAUUUCGGUCUCAC